AUCAUUUGUUUAAUAAAGAAAUUAUGACAUCCAACGUGUUACAUGGCUUGAUUUGAUAUAUAUACGUAGAUCCUACAAUUUUUCAUUUCGAGUAAAGUUUUCAAAAAUUGAUAUCUUGAAAUGUUAAAAGCGGAAAUGAAAUUGAGAAUUAUGUUUCUCUUUUUCUGUCUUGAAACAAUUCUUUUGCAAGCGACUGAGGCGACUGAAGGAGUGCAAGCGAUUCAACUGUCUGAAGCAAUUGAAGGUCCUAGCUGGGGAUAUUAUCAAGGGGGUAUUCCGCCACCAUUUUGGUCUUGCUUAGCAAACUCUGAAAUGUGUGCUGGUACAAUGCAGUCUCCUGUCAAUAUUGAAACAAACGAUGUGGUCAAAAACAGCCAUAUAAGGCCGUUUUAUUUCUCAGGACUUUGGAAAACAGCAGGAAUAAAAAUGGAGCUGAAAAAUACUGGUCAUGGAGUUAAAGUAGAGUUUCCUAAUAUUCAGCCAAUAAUUAAAGGUGGAGGUCUUCCUGGACCCCAUAAACUUAAAGAGUUCCAUUUCCAUUGGGGAGGUAAUAGUCAAAGAGGUUCAGAGCAUACAAUAAAUGGACAUCAGUUUGCUAUGGAAGCCCAUUUUGUGUUUCUUCCAACAACAGAUGGACCAAAACAUUUUGCCGCAGUAAUUGGAGUAUUGAUUUAUGCUGGAAGUAACAAUCAAAAUUAUGACCAUAUAGUUUCUAAGCUAAAAGAGGUAAAAAACAUUGGUGACAAGGCAGUCCUGGACAACUUUCCAAUCAUGGAUCUGUUCCCAGAAACCACUCGCUGUUGGUACCGAUAUUGUGGAAGUUUAACCACACCCCCAUGUACAGAGACAGUUAUAUGGACUGUGUUUGAACAAAGAAUUUAUAUGUCAGAAGACCAGAUCAGUGAAUUUCGGAAAUUGAUGGGAGAACCAGAAAUUUUUACAGAAGGGGACAAUAAUAUAGUGGAUACAUUUAGACCUGUACAGCCAUUGUUACAGCGCAAGGUUUCACUAAGCUGCCCGCAUAGGAGAAAGUACUAUUAUGAAAAAUAUCGUCGAAAUGCAAACGAAUACGGUUGCAUCAAUCAUGGAUAUAGGAAACGAAAGUGCCAUGAUUGGUAUUCUUAUCAUUCAUCUGGAUCCAAUAGCUGUCUGUGGGUGGAUUGGUACAGAAACCUAUGAGUUAAUGAAAGAUAAACUACUAGAAAAUGCAACAUGAUUACAAUGUUGCAUAGUUAUAAUUAAAAUAUCUCUAAUACAUA